AUGGAUAAAAGACCCGAGAAAGAACUACUAACCCCACACUCUUCUCGCGGCCGCGAGGCCUCUGCUUAUCUCUCGUUCAUUGUUGGCCUAUACGACAACCUCCCCGAAUACUCGAUUUUUAUCCAUGCCGACCCAGACCAGUGGCACAACGAUCUAUUUGGCCCCCAAACAAGCAACACUCUGCCCAACCUACGUCUCGAAGCUGUGGAUGCGAUGGGAUAUUUGAACCUGCGCUGUACGAAUGAUCCAGGCUGUCCGGCUCACAUCAACACCAAUAGCCCCUCCCAAGAAGAUAUCGACAACAACGAUGCCCGGGCAAACUUUCCCAGGAUAUACAAGGACAUAUUUGGCGAAGAUGCGCAUGUUCCGGACACAAUUGGAGGGAUUUGCUGUGCGCAGUUUGCGGUCAGCCGAGCACGCAUCCAGCAGCGACCUAAAAGCGAUUAUAUUCGUAUGCUAAACUGGGUCGAGGAAAAGAGUGUGCCGUUUGUUGAUAAUUACGGUGUUGGGUGGGUGUUUGAGACUUUGUGGCAUGUGGUAUUCGGCAUGGAAGGGGUGCAGUAA